AUGGCUCACAACACCAACCAGGCUUGCUGCACCAUCCCCCCCGUCAAGUCGGACUACUCGCCCAAGGGCACGAUUGAAAAGAUUGGCGGCCUGGACUCCUACGUCGUCGGUCCUAAGGAUGCCAAAAAGGCGAUUGUCGUGGUGUACGACAUCUUCGGCUUCCACAACGCUACAAAGCAGGGUGCCGACCUGCUCGCCGACGCCACCAAGGCCCGCGUUGUCAUGCCCGACUUCUUCCGCGGCAAGCCCUACCCGCAGGAACAGUACCCUCCCAACACGGACGAGAAGAAGGCGGCCUUCCAGAACUUCUUCGGCAACGCCGGUGACUUCAGCGCGCGCAAGCCUGACCUCGAGGCUGUCGCCGAGGAGCUCAAGAAGGAUGGCGCGGCCAAGCUGGGUGUCUCUGGCUACUGCUGGGGCGGCAAGCUCGCGGUUCUCGCCGGUGGCGAAGGCACCAAGUUCACCUCGGUCGCCCAGGUGCACCCUGCCAUGGUCGACCCCAAAGAUGCUGAAAAGCUGACGGUCCCUAUUGCCAGCUUCCCGUCCAAGGACGAGCCCAAGGAGCAAGUGGACAAGUUCCAGGAAGUCGUGCAGCAGAAGCCGUUCGCCAAGGACAGCGUGUACAAGCUCUACCCCGACAGUCACCACGGUUGGGCCGCUGCUCGUGCUGACCUCAGCGACGAGGGCAACCUCAAGAACUUCCAGGACGUGUACCAGCGUUUGGCCGACUUCUUCAACAAGACCCUUGCUUGA